GCACAAGCCUCCUUGUGGACAAUGCGUUUAUUUAGUGGUGUUCGAUGCAACCUAGAAUCAGCUUUAGAGUGCAACACUGAAGAACCAGGUGUAGCAAUGAGAUCCCCUGAGAUUCGUCGACCGUUCUGCUGCCGUGCGAUCUUGUUUUCUGUUCCUGAAGGAAAAGCGAAGAGAUCCUGAGAAAUGAAAGUGCCUCAGGUGUUUGAGAAACGACAUUAAAGGAGCGCUAUCUGAAUAGCCGAUCCGCGCAAAUUCCUUCCACGAUCUCAGGCAGUUUUGAUCAACAUUCACCGCGCCUUCUGUAGAUCUGCACGGCUGACAAAGAAGGAAGAAUUCGGAUCCAAUUUUUUGGAUCACUUCUAAAUGUUGUCAUCAAAGUUGAAGAUCUUUACAGACCGCGGGAAAAAGCGGGAAGAUCGAGUUGAUCGUGGACAAAGAACUGAAACUGUGAAAAUCGAAAUGAUAUCCUCUCGCGUGGUGAAAUACAACCACUACUACCUCCCCUACCUCAUUGCUCUUGCUCCGACCCUUCUAAACUUUACUGCAACACCACCCCAGGGACCAGUAAAAUCACCAGAAUUUAGGAUCACUACACCAUCCUAAAAGGACACCCAUCGAUUCAAAAAAGAUGGCCACCGUGAAGAACGUCUCCAAGAAGCGAAAGUUCGUCAACGACGGAGUUUUCUACUCCGAGUUGAACGAAUUCUUGACCCGCGUGUUGGGCGAGGAUGGCUACGCUGGUAUUGCUGCUGUUUUCACGCAUGACAAACUGCAUUAUAGGAUUUAGGAAAUUUUUGAUUUUCAGAAAAAGUAUGAGGCUUGUGUGCUUUUUGUCUAAUUUGAAAACCGUAACAAAACAGGUGUCGAGAUCCGUGUGACCCCGAUCCGCACGGAGAUCAUCGUCCGCGCCACGCGCACCCGCGAGGUCCUCGGUGAGAAGGGCCGCCGCAUCCGCGAGCUGACCUCCCUGGUGCAGAAGCGUUUCAACUUCCGUGAGAACAGCGUCGAGCUGUUCGCGGAACAGGUCAAGAACCGUGGCUGCUGCGCCAUGGCCCAGGCCGAGUCUCUCCGCUACAAGCUGCUCGGUAUUGAUAUUAUUUUCAGCACAUUCCUGUUUGUCUUGAAUGAGAAUCCGUAUCCGAUGAAGAUCAAGUGAUUUGAUGCUGUUUGGAAACUACAUGGUGGAGAGGAAGUGACUGAAACAUUCUGCUCUGAAAGUACGAAAUGGAUAUUCUUUCUGAAUGUAGAAAACCCAGUCUUCGAUGCGGCAAGAAGACGCAAAAACAAAAAUCUAUCGACACAUUUUCAAAUCACACUACAGGUGGUCUCCCGGUCCGCCGCGCGUGCUACGGUGUGCUGAACUUUGUGAUGCGCAAUGGCGCCACCGGGUGCGAGGUCAUCGUGUCCGGAAAGUUGCGUGCCCAGCGCGCCAAGGUCAUGAAGUUCCGUGACGGCUACCUGAUCUCCACCGGUGACCCGAAGAACCACUACAUCCAAGAGAGUGUGCGCCACGUGCUGAUGCGUCAGGGUGUCUUGGGCGUCAAGGUAUAUAUAACAUAUGGCUUGUUUGAUAGUGGGUGUUAAUACUGUUGCAUCAGAAAUUUCCUUGUGUUUGGUUUGAUUGAAAUGUUCGUGUUGACAUGUACACUUGCGCACGAAGAACAACCUUGACACUUCUCUACCGCCUUCUUCUGAUGCACAUUAUCCAAACCAACCUCAGGUCCGCAUCAUGCUUGGGUACGAUCCGGAGGGUGAGCGUGGUACGUCCCACCUCAUGCCGGAUAAGAUCAUCAUCCACGAGCCGAAGGAGGCCCCGCUGCCGCAGACGAACUUCAUCCAGGACGCCCCGAUCGAGGAGCCGGUCGUCGAGGAGCCGGCGGCGGCCCCGGUCGCCCAGGAGUACCAGAGCUACAACAACGCCGGUGCCCAGGACGAGAACUGGUAAAUUUACGAGGGAAAUGGAAGGCACAGACGGGUUUUAUCGUCUUCUCCCAGCGGGCUUGGGCGGCGCUUUCGACGGUGUGUGGACGGGUUGGAGACGUGGAUCUGAGAGGUUGAGAUGAAUUUCCAUCUCAUUAUCAUCUCUAGUUCUACUCAAGGUUGUAAUCUGAAAGCGACUUGUCGUUGUGGUUGAUGAUAAAUCUCCUGUCAGACGUGCCUUUUUUUGAGUCGAUGAUGUCCUUGUAGUGAUCCGUGAUUCGAAGGAAACAAAAGCCCUUGUGCCGCACCUUUUACAGGGGUUGCGUGCAAGGUCAGUUGCUGUGGGCUUGUUUGCUCUCGCUGGCGCUACGCCGGUAAGUGUUGAACAAACUGUGUGGCUGUUUGGAGAUAACGUUAAC